CCUGGCCCAGCGGCAAAUUUGCUGUGGACCCGGGGCCGCACCUCAGUUUCCCCGGCUGCAGAAAUGGGGCCAUGCCGCCCGUGACCUCACCAGUCCCUCCUGCUAUAAGGCUGAGGGUGUUGUGUUUGUGGCUCCAGCUCCCCCGGGGCCUGCUCUGGCCCCAGCUGCCCAGCUCCACCGUCUCCCAGGGGACCCGCUCUGCUGACACCGGAUUCUUCCCUGGACUGUCCAGCCAUCUGGCCGACACUCGAUCCCAGCCCCACUUCCAGGCCAGCGUCUGCCGACCGGCCUGCUUGGGCCAGGGCCCCAAGACUCCCUGCUGAAGGACAAGGGGCCGUCUGUGAGGUCCCUGGGAGGGUGUGGUGAGCCCAGGGCUCUGCCAACACAGGCAGGAGCCUCGAGGACUGGGGACGGUGCCGGAACUUGCCGCCCAGAGCCACUGCGGUCGAAGAGGCAGCAUCCAGUGCGGGUGCUGAGCAGCCCCGUGCUCCCUGCUGCAACCCACUCCUGCCCGCCAUGGGGACCCUCAGCUGUGACCCCGCUUCCCGGCUGACCACAGCGCCCCUGGGCCGGCGGGCCACGGAGUGCCAGAUUCCAGAGACCGGCCUGAGGAAGACCUGCAGGAUGGCCACCUUGGAGAACGGCUCUGGGCCGGGCUUGUAUGCCCUGCCGUCCACUGUGGGUUACAUCGACCAUGACCGCACCAGGGCGGCCGGUCCCGCCUACUCGCUGCUCCGGAGACCCAGUGAGGCAUCUCCACAGGACACCAGCCCUGGGCCAGUCUACUUCCUGGACCCCAAAGUCACCCGGUUUGGUCGAAGCUGCACCCCUGCCUACUCCAUACAGGGCCGGGGCAAGCCUCGGGGUCUGGAGGUGACACCCGGGCCUGGGGCCUACAGCCCAGAGAAGGUGGCCCCUGUGCGCCAGCGGACCCCUCCAGCUUUCACCCUGGGCUCCCGCCUGCGUCCACAGCCUCUGGACACCUCAGCCCCCGCCCCCAAUGCCUACACCUUGCCCUCUCUCUGGGGUGCUCAGAUCUUCGUCAAGCCCAGUAGCCCCAGCUACACAGUGGUGGGCCGCACACCCCCUGCCCGCCCUGCACAAGACCCCGCUGAGAUCCCCGGCCCGGGCCAGUAUGAAAGUCCAGAUCCCAACGCCUACCGUCAGCGCCGGCCUGCCUUCACCAUGCUGGGGCGGCCCCGUGCCCCACGCCCCCCGGAUGAGACGCCUGGCCCUGGCACCCACAGCCCUGAACAGGUCACCAUUACCAAGGCCAGGGCCCCGGCGUUCACCAUGGGCAUCCGACACUCCAAACGGGCCUCCACCAUGACCCCAGACAUAACACCCUGACGCCUGUGGGGGACAGGAUGCAGGCCAGCACCCGGGUUGAGCCUCAGUUUUCCUGCACCCUGGAGUAGAGUGUGGGCAGUCCCCUCCUGGGCCUGGCUUUCGCUGGGGUGGGACAACUCAGAGAAGCUGAACUGUCUGAGGUCCUUCUAGGCCACCUGCUUCCUCCAGUCCCUGGGGGCUGUGACCCCAUGGCCCUGUGCAGGGUGAGCCUCCUUCCAGUGCCCCAGUUUCUUCUCUCCUGGUCAUGCCAGCCUAAGCGAGGCCAGGUGGAGAAAGGGACACCCCUGGCCCUCCCCAGUGGCUGGCCGGAGACGGAGCUUCCUGUGUACUAGAACUUGGCGUCCGCCCUGCUAGGGCCUGGGUCCCCCAAACAGCUCAGGUUUCUGCCAAACUUGGGCUCUAACCUGUUUCUCAUGGAAGCACAGCUUCCUGACCUGGUCCCAGCCCAAAACCAGGCUGGAAGCAGCCCUGAUGCCCUCUUCUCCCCACCCCACACACUAGCUGCUUGCCAAUAAAUCUCUGUGGCACCAAGAGCUGUCAGCAGCACACGUGGGAC